CGCCAGUCCGGUAGGUGGCGGUAAUGCACUCACAAAGUUAAAGAAGAAGAAGUCGUUUUAAAAAACUCGCUAGCUUGUUUAGUUACACACAACAAACACAUUUCUUUCGACGUAGACGUACGUCAGAUAUCAGCAGACAUGCCUUUUUACGAAGUUUACUCUCACCCUGUCUUAAUUCGGUACAAAACAAGUAUUUGCACCAGCGCCACUGUGUUCCUAGUCGCGGUCCUGUGUCUCACUUACGUCCCGCCGUUGCUGGUGGCUUACCGGAGCCAAGGUUUCUGGAUUAAAAGGAGCACCUAUGAGGAGCAGCCAGUCGUACGGUUCCAGUAUGAGACUCUACUGGUGGCUGCGACCAGUACGAGCGGGGACUAUGUGGCCUGGAGCACCGCCCCUCAUCUGAACAACAUGCUGGGAAACAACCUGCGGAUCCCUCUUGUUUCUGUAAGGGAAGAGGACCAAAACCAGGACGGAAAGAUGGACCUUCUCGAUUUUCAACUGCAGCUACCUCUGAGGGAUGAAGAACAUGUGUACAGUAUCCAACUGCUCCUGACCUUCAGCUACCAACUCUUUACGAAGGCGAUAGUGGUGAUGCAGAGCCUGGCAUUCGUGCAGCACUCUUCUUCUGUCCCCGGAGCUAAGCUGUUUGUUAGUGGAGAACUGAAGCUGCAGCAGAGGACACCCCUGCCUCACUGUGGACUUUUCAACGUUUACAAUGUUUCUGUGAUUGACAGCUCCAGCCCUUUUGCAAGCGCCUAUAACCUUGACAACAUAGUUGGGCGCUACCAAGAAAGGAACUUGACCACCCUACUUUCCUGUCCAAUGCCAGUGUGGACGACAGGACGUGCUGCAGAGUCUCCUUUCCAACUUCAUGUACAAAUCCGCUACCCGUUGGAGGUUAUUAGCUAUCGUCCCGGCUUUUGGGAAACAAUCAAGUUUGCUUGGGUCCAAUACGUCAGCGUUCUGCUCAUCUUUCUCUGGCUUUUUGAACGCAUCCAGAGGUUUGUUUUCCAGAGCCAGGUGUUGACCACUGUCCCAGUAUCGUAUGGAAAACCCCACCAGCACUGACAAUGUGUGAGACUGCACCAACUUUAUAUUUUUAUAUAUUCCAAAGGUUUUAUCAUUUCUGUUCUAAAGAAUAGUUGCUGUAUAAUCACACGGUACAACGUUAGUUACUAGCAAGUUUCAAAAACGACUAAGUCCCGAGAUGUAAAUAUAUUUUUAAAGUGUAGAGUUUUUAUUUGGCCUUCAGGACUUGAAUGUUUGUAUUUUCCUGCUAGUCUGUUUUGCAUUAGGCAGGGCGGGUUUGAUGUAGGAAAUGACAUAAGCUGGCUUUUGCAUUUUUGGACUUGUUCCACCGAAUAAGUCAACCAGUUCCACAUGGGCAAAAUAGUCUGGAAGUAACAACAUCCCCGUGGAAUUCACCUUUUAAAAGAACCAGAGCCCAGCACCGCAGGCUGCAUGGUUGUGUUCGUGGUGUUAAAUCUCCACGCCCAAAUUCAUGCCGAGGUGUGACAAAAGUGGCAUUGUUUGACAGCUAACAUUUAGCUCUUUCAACGCUACAAGUAUCAAGUAGGUACAGUGCUACCUUCGUUUUUGUACACUACGCUUUUCUUGAGCUUUCAAUCAAUUGCUCAAAAAGUUUGCAUUUCUCGUAAAGCGUCUUCAGUAACAAGUCUUCAAUAAAGAUAAAAGUGAUGUUAAA